UCUUGGAAGGCGUGAGUGACUCAUCGGUUUUUUUUCGUUUUUUUUUUUUGUUUCGUCUCGGUGCGGCGCGGACCAGGCGUGAUGACGUCACCAAAAGAGUCAGGAAGUACAGCAGCACGCGACAUUUUUGGCUAAUUUGACAUUUUACAUGUGGGGACUUAACCGGACAUGGCUGGCAGGCUGAGCUUCGCAAACAUCACCGCCUUGGCCCCCAUGGUGCGGGUGGGCACGCUGCCCAUGCGCUUGCUGGCGCUGGACUAUGGAGCUGACGUGGUCUACUGCGAGGAGCUGAUUGACAUCAAGAUGGCUCAGUGCCGCAGGGUGGAGAACGAGGUUCUGCAGACGGUGGAUUUUGUGGCUCCGGAUGAUCGCGUGAUGUUCAGGACGUGCGAGAAGGAGAAGCAGCGGGUCGUCUUCCAGAUGGUGAGACAAGAAGUCGCUCGCGCGCACGCGUUCCUCUUGACGUCACGCGUGUUGGUCGUGUUGCAGGGCACCGCUGACCCGGACCGAGCCCUCGCUGUGGCCCGACUGGUGGAAAAGGACGUGGCGGCCAUCGACGUGAACAUGGGCUGUCCCAAAGAAUAUUCCACCAAGGGCGGCAUGGGCGCGGCUCUCCUGUCCGAUCCCGACAAGAUCGAGGCCAUCCUCAGGAAGCUGGUGAGCGGAGUUUCUGUGCCCGUCACCUGUAAGAUCAGGAUACUGCCCUCGCUGGAGGACACGCUGACUCUGGCGCGGAGGAUCGAGAAGACGGGCGUGGCCGCCGUCGCCGUCCACGGCAGGUUCAAGGACGAGCGUCCCAGGCAUCCGGUCCACUGCGACUACAUCGGCGCCGUCGCUCGGGCCGUGGCCGUCCCAGUCAUCGCCAACGGGGGCUCCCUGGACCUGGUCAAGACCCACGGCGACAUCCAGGCCUUCAGGGCGGCCGCGGGCGCCUCGUCCGUCAUGUUGGCGCGAGCCGCCAUGUGGAACCCGUCCGUGUUUCGCAGCGCGGGCCCGCUUCCUCUCCACGACGUCAUGAUCCAGUACCUCAAAUAUGCGCUGCGCUACGACAAUCACGCCUUCAACAGUAAGUACUGCUUGUGUCAGAUGCUGCGAGACAAAGUGGAGUCGGCGCUGGGCAAACGCGUGCAGGCCGCACAGAACAACCAAGAACUCAGCGAGGCGUUUGAUCUGGUCGCCGUGUUCGAGGAGACUCAGGCGGCGCUGGAGGCUCGCCGCGACGCCCUGCAGAGUCCCGAGCGGCGGCGGGACCACGUCAUCGCCGUGGACGGAGAUGUCACCACCAUGGCCCUCAAGUUUCAACGACGCGAAUAUCCCCCUCAGCUCACGCCCAAGAUGUUUCUGCUGGAGUGGAGCCGGCGACAAAAGUUGGAGCAGCCCACCUACCAAACUGUGCAACGUGCGCAGGAUCGAGGCUUCCAGUCAACCGUGACGGUGGAAAACAGGAAGUACAGAUCCUCGCUCUGGGAGAAGUCAAAGAAGUUUGCCGAGCAGGCGUCCGCCGUGGUUUGUCUGCGCGCUCGCGGAAUUCCGGAGAGUCGCGUCGGCCAGGAAAACGGCGGACGGCCGCAUAAAAGGAAGACGGAGGACGGCCGCGACGUCGGCCAAGAAAAGAGGAAGAAACAAGCGGGCGACGGCGAGCGGGAGACUGGCGGCUCGUGAGGACAAAACCUUUUGACUUUUAUUUUUCUUCCGACGUUUGGAAUCCCGAGGACGACACGAACACGACUCGCGGAUAUCUCCGCUAGCUUUUGAUUUUGUUGGAACGUUAUGUUGAGCUUUAGCCCGCGAGCGAGCUGCGCCUGCGGCCGACUUGGGGGCAGCAUCAUUUAGUUCGGGACAAACUUGAGCGUUGAACGAGCAGAAAUUUACUGUAACGAUGAUCAAAACGAGAGGAAUUUAUCUGAACAGUUCACUUAGAUUUUUAUGUCCAAAUCAUGUACAAACAUUUAGCUGCAUGUUGUUCAAUUUUCUUGAAAUCUUCGGAUUGUUUUAUUUGUCUUCUACUUUUUCUCUUGAUAAUAUGAUUAAACGGACAACUGUUGCGUUCAAGCCAAAAAGUUAA